AAGGCUCAGCUUUUGUGGAUGCUUCACCUUUUUAUGGCUCGGAGCUGUAUUAAUGGGUAAUUAUGCUCAUUUUUAAAAUACAUACAUGUUUUCUCUAUAUCCAAAAACUCGAGUGCUUGUGAUGUCAUAGGGGAUACAAUGAAGGGAAUAUAAAAGUCAGCAACAAUAUUUGCAAUAUUUUACAAUAAUUCCCUUUAAGAGUUAUUAGAAGCACUGAAUCUGUUUUACAAUGUGUGUGUUUUUAAUCUACAUUCAUAAGAAUGAAUUUUCUCUGAUGAGCAACAGAAAAAAGGUCCACACUUAAAGCGACGCUGGUCCACCACACUCCAGCAUGAGUCAGUAAAAAAGAAAUAAGAAAGGUGCAUUUUGUUAAGAGAUACCAACUAAUAUAACUAACACACACACACACACACACACACACACACACACACACACACACACACACACACAUAUCUCAGUCCAGCCUCUCUUUAACAAUAAUGACCCAGCAUCAACCAAUCACGGCCGGCAGUCUGCUCUGAGGCCCCGCCCACAUGGUUUAUAUAAAGACCUGAACCACGAGACCUGAAGUUGAAUCUGAACAGAGACCUGAAGCUGAAUCUGAACAGAGAUCUGAAUCUGAACCAGAAGACCUGAAGCUGUCAGUACCUGUAGUCCGGAUCGCGUUGGGCCGUGAUGGUGGUGGAGCUUAAACCUCGGGUGGAGGCGAUGGAGGGAAACCAGCAGAGACUGGAGGCAAACAUCCUGCUGCUGGGAGCUCACAGCGUCGGGAAGUCUGCUCUCACCGUCAGAUUUCUGACCAGGAGGUUUAUUGGAGAGUACGGAGACAUCGAGUCGGUUUACAGUCGGAUCGAGCGGCUCGAUGGUCAGGAGGUCUGCUUCAACAUCUGGGACUCUGUACAAACACAGGACGGUGAGACGUGUCCGUCCAUCACUGACAAACAGCUGCAGUGGGCCGACGGGAUCGUCCUGGUCUACAGCAUCUGCGACCGCCGCAGCUUCGACGUGGUCCGCCAGCAGCUGCAGCAGAUCCGCCGCAGCAGGAAGCCGGCGUCCGUCCCCGUCGUCAUCGUGGGGAACAAACGAGACCUCCGGCGUCAUCGCAGCGUCUCCGGCGAGGAAGGACAGCUGCUCGCUCUGUCCCAACACUGCGCCUUCUUCGAGGUGUCGGCGGCGGAGACGUACCACGGCGUCCUGCUGGUGUUCCACCGGCUGGUCGACCUCGUCAGAGAGAGCCGAGCGCUGAGGAAGAACACGGCCGGCGUGCGAGGGAUCGUCCGGAGCGUGUCGGCCGUGUUCGCGAAGAAACGAGCCGAGUAGACGAGAACUCGCAGUGACAUCACCUACUGUCUUCGUGAGGUCAAAGGUCAGAGGCGUGAUGGACAGCGGCAGGUUGAGAGAACGCGUCGACGUGAAGUUUGUGAAAGAAAAGUCGUGAAAGUGUUUCAGAGCGACGAGAGACGGCUCGAGCUGAUCGGACGGAAAAACGUGUGCCGAGGUAGCGCCAUGGCAACGGCUGAAACAUCUCAAGAACUAUUAUUGGAUGGUUUGUGAAAAUGUGUUAAUGAUGAACUGUAAUAACCUUUUUGAUCAUCUGAUCUUUCAGCAUCGUUUAUGAGAAAAAACCCUCGGAACGAAAAACUUUCAACCUCGACUGGACCGUGUUUAAUGUCAGCACGCUAACAUGCUAAACUGACACGGUGAAAACGGUGAACACGGUAAACACGGUAAAGACGGUGAACAUCGUAGCUGCUAAACAUCAACGUGUAAAAAACAACGUCAUCAGUCUGGAGCGGAUGGAAACGUCCCGCUCCUCAGAGGAUGAACCCCUCACGUAAUAGAGACGCCGCGGUUGUGCUGAACUCUGCGGCCUCUAACUGGACGUGAGUCUCCAGUGUCACUGACUGGUGUCUCUGUUGACACAAACUGGUUUAGAAGUUUAUUGACUGAUUCUUGUUUAUCGGAGCUUGGUACGCAUUGACGUGGGUAUUUUUGUA